AUGUUUGCAGUAUGGACUUCGCUCUUUGUUGUGCUAUCCUGCAGUGGUACAGCGAUUGGAUACCAGUUUCCUGUUCCAGACUUCGAAAGUCCAUGGCUUCCUUUUGAAGCCCAAGCUGGAAAAAGCAAGGCAAUGAGAGAAAUACCUCAUGGAUUGAACGAAGUUCCUUUCAUAGUAGAUGUACAAGUAAAAUCAUUAGAUGCUCCGAAUAAAGGUUAUAUUUUUCAAGCAACAGGAGGAAUACCACGUGAUGAUGAUGAGCCGGAACCUUACAGUGGUGUCGUUUAUAUUUAUGAUGAAUCCAAAAUAAUAGUUUCUGCUCCACAUCAUGGAAAUGGUGCCAAUAAUGGAUAUGCUAUCUACACAGAGGAUGGAAACUACUACACUGGUGCCAACAACCAGAGCAGUUACAGUGUAGAUAUAAGAGUGCGUGCAUGGCGGAUGUCUUCAUUGCCCAAGGCAGAUUUUGAGAAAACCAGUAUUCCAAUGAAAGCGGGAAAUACUACAUACAGACAUUUACGUGCAAUAGUUUCAGACGUAUACAGAGAUGAGUUCCAUGGUUUCAAUGAGUAUCCGUCAAUGAUUCUUGUUAGAAUGAAUCUCACGUUCACAAGAGGGAAGCUGACUGCAAUGGCAGAUGCUGUUGGAGCAAACUUUGUGACCUACAGGGAUAAUAUUUACAGACAGAACUAUCAUAUUGUUCAUGGUGUAAGCAAAAAUCGAAUACGUGUCUGGAUUGACUCACAAUAUAGAGCUUAUAUAUUUGCCGGAUAUGACGGUUACCCGAUUUCUUUCUUCGCUGUUGAAGGAUAUUUAGAAAUGUAUGCAUGGAAACCAAACACCAUGGCUGCGCAGGAAUACUCACAAACCUUGCUUGGACCAAAUGUCCCAAAUGAAACGUUUGAAAUGCCAUACAAAAACAAUGUUCUAAAUCCAUUCACACGUGUAUGGGUUCGUAGUAAUACAGGACCAAACGCUGGUUUCAUGUUCCUUGGGAGUGGUGCAAUGGCAUAUGUCAAGACUGUAAGAGACAGUGUGUGUAGUUAUGGUGGACUUGUGUAUGCGUAUGAUACUGUAAACAUCCGCUUCUGGAGACCAACAUCAGCCAUAAACGGCGGAUUGACCUGCGUGUCUCAUUUCUUCGGCAAUGGUACCAACUCACAAAUGUCAACAGAUGCUGAAGUGGUCAUUCGUUCCUGGGGUGUAGAUUCUAUUAGUGAGUACAACCUUGUUAUUGUACAACUCUACAACUCUGGUCAUGAGAUAAUGAUUGGUAAUUGUUAA